AUGGGAGUUAUAGGUUUAACAGCCGUUGAGGUACUAGCCGGAUGUUUAGGACUUGGUCUAGUUCUAGCCAUUCUAAUAGUGGUUUGCAACUGUGUUUCGACGUGCUGCGAGACUAUUUCACAUCGACGCAAAAAACGAAAUCAGGAAAAGUUGCCAGAAGAUUAUGUGGAUGAGAUACACAGAUUGUUGCACCGGAAUCAGAAACCAUGUGAUUACGAUUGUGUGGUUGUUGAGUCGGGAAGGCAGUCGGCUAAUUUAGAGCAUAUCUCCGACACUCGAUUGGAUCCUAAAGCUUCUACGCCCCCAGUAAAUUUUCCCAUAGGAAAACCCUUGGAAGAACGGGAUCUAAAGUCGAUUGGAACUAGCUGUACCCCAUGCAAGAAUAAAAGAAUGGAAAGUGAAGAAACUAUCAACACCAACACAACUAAUUCACAAUCCACAAUAACCGCCUCGGAGAAUGGAGAGGCGAUGCAUCACUGUGAUGGAAAAAGUAAACGAAGAACGUGGGGUCGACUGAGCAAUUCACUUUUUGAUACGGUCAUGAUGCCUUCGUUAGACACUACUACAACUGAGGAUACCACAGGAACAGCAAACUCCUCCAUCGACAACCUUCGGUUCGGAAUCAAAAUUGAAACGACCGUCUGA